AUGCUCUGGCUGAGAAAAGCAAGAAAAAUUGCAAAAGUAAAGUACGAUUUUAUAAUUUGCGGUGGAGGAUCAGCAGGAUGCGUGCUCGCAAAUCGACUUUCCGAAGACGGAUCCAAAAAUGUUCUUCUUUUGGAAGCUGGACCGUCUGAUAAUAUUUUCGCAAAACAUGACUCCCGACUGGGAAAAAUACUGUCGUGGAAGAUUCACAUGCCGGCUGCGUUGCAGUACAAUCUGCAGGAUGAAAAAUACAACUGGUUCUACGAAACUGUUCCUCAAAAGCACGCGAAUAAUCGUUCCUUCUAUUGGCCGCGUGGUAGAGUUAUCGGAGGCAGUAGCUCGUUGAAUGCGAUGGUUUACGUUAGAGGCCAUGGAAAAGAUCAGGAUCGAUGGGCGGAAGAGAUUGGGGAUGAAAAAUGGAACUAUGAUCACCUUCUGCCUUAUUUCAAAAAAUCCCAGAACUUUUACGCGGCAGAAGAAGAUGAUUUCUACAAAGGAAGAAGUGGACCACUUCAUGUAGCUGACGGUGACUUUAACACUCCACUGUAUGAAGCAUUCAUUCAAGCAGGGGUUGAAGCAGGCUAUGCGAAAACAGAAGAUAUAAAUGGCUAUCAACAAGAGGGUUUUGGAAAGCUGCCGAUGACAGUUAACAAGUACGAUGGAUCCCGAGCCAAUGCUUCUUCUUGUUAUCUGGACCCAGCGCGAAAGCGAGAAAAUCUAACGAUCCUGUCAGAUUCUCUUGUAGACAAAGUCGUGUUUAGCGGGACAACUGCUUCUGGCGUGAAUAUUUCUAGCUUCAAAUCGCGAAAUUCGUUUGGAGAAAACCUCUUCAUCGAAGCUAGUGAGGUAAUUCUAUGUGGAGGAGCAAUCAAUUCGCCCCAGAUGCUUCAACUUUCUGGGAUCGGAAACGCAGUUGAAUUAGAGAAGGCCGAAGUUGAUCCGAUUGUUGACUUGCCUGGCGUCGGUGAAAAUCUGCAAGAUCAUAUUGAAAUCUCCGUUUCUCAUAGAACUCUACCCGGCCUUUCACUCCAAAAGUAUCAAAAAUCGCCAUUGAUGCAGCUCAUCGGAGCCGAGUGGUUUCUCAAAGGAACUGGCAUCUGCGCGACGAAUCAUUUCCACGCUGGAGCGUUUAUCAGGACCAAGGCGGCGGAAGAACUUGAUCAUCCAGACAUUCAACUACAUUUCGUGCCAAGCCAGUAUCUUGAUCACGGCCGUGGGGAACUUACUGAAGAGGCUUUUCAAGCUCAUGUUGGAACAUUGCGGGCUAAAUCGACGGGGCAUAUCAAAAUUAGAUCCAAUAAUCCAAGAGAGCAUCCAAAAAUCGAUCCAAAAUACCUGUCCCACCCGGAAGACCUGCCCGAUCUCGUCGAAUGUUUGAAACUUACGCGCGAGAUUUUCGCCCAAUCAGCAUUUGACGAGUUCCGGAAAGCCGAACUCGUCCCCGGUAAAGAAUUCAAAAACGACAAAGAAAUAGAAGAAUGGAUCAAAUCGUUCAUCGAAACCGUCUAUCACCCAGCCUGUUCCUGCAAAAUGGGGAAAGAAGAAGAUCCGAUGGCGGUCGUUGAUUCAGAAUGCCGCGUUUUUGGGACACAAGGAUUGCGCGUCAUCGAUGCUUCAAUAAUGCCCAGCAUAGCAUCGGGAAAUUUAAAUGCUCCGACGAUUGCUAUUGCCGAGAAAGCAGCGGAUAUCAUUCUAGGAAAAGAUCCAUUGGUUAUAGCAAACUCUCCAUAUUUCCUUGCCGAUACAAGAUCUCAGCGAUGA